UGGAUAUGGCGCACGUGCACGCUGUUUACGGUCCAGUCUCUUGUUGAAAUUGUUUCAAUUUUUGUCAUCAAUCAGACUACAGAUGGAAGUAGCUUUAAAAAGCGUCUAUCGAAAUUUGUUCCUCGUGCUGGCAAGACAACUCUACAGGCUGGUUAACAUUGUUAUGGGAAGGACGACAUCUCGAAGCAGAAUGCCGCAUUCCGAUAUUCUAGACCAUAUCCCUUCAGGCAAGAUGACCAGUCAGCAGUUGCUGAAACACUGCAUUGAUGCACAGAACAACCAGCCGUCUUUGUUGAAAAGAAGCUUCCAUUUGCUAUCGGGGGAGGCAGUGGGCGGAGCGGAGGGGCAGGACAGUAAUACCAUCAGGGUCAUGCAAUGGAAUAUUCUUGCCGACGCACUGAGCGAUGGAGCUGACAAUUUCAUCAAGUGUCCCGGCGAGGCCCUACAGUGGGACACCAGACGCAUCUCCUGCCUCCGCGAGAUCUUGACCUACGACCCAGACAUCGUCUGCCUCCAGGAAGUUGACCAUUUCCAGGAUUUUUUCCGAGUGCAGCUGGAGAGAGUGGGUUACCAGGGGAUCUUCAAACCCAAACCGGACUCCCCAUGCCUGGACUGCAUCCACAACAACGGCCCGGAUGGAUGCGCCGUCUUCUUCAAACCAGAGAAGUUUACUCUGGCCGGUAGCACGUGUCCCGUCUUAGAGGUAGCAGACCGGGGAAGCAUUUGGCCUACAAAUCAGGUGGCAGUCCUACUGCGGUUGAAAUGCAAGUCCCCCGCCGAGCAUCAUGGAAAGGAAUUUCUUGUCGGCACCACUCACCUGAAAGCCAAGUCAAGUUGGCAUAAGCUGAGACAUCUUCAAGGCGUGAACCUCCUAGAGAUCCUUGAAAAACAAGCCGGCGGCUGCCCAGUAAUACUCUGCGGAGAUUUCAAUGCCGAGCCGACUGAGGAUGUCUACAAGGCUUUUGAGGCUAGCAAGAUGGCACUGGAUAGUGCCUACAAGUGUCUUAGUGAGGAUGGCAACUCAGAGCCUUCUUACACAACCUGGAAAAUCCGUCCAGCUGGAGAGGUGUGCCACACCAUAGACUAUGUGUGGUUCUCCCGAAACCAGUUACAACCUGUCAAGGUUUUACAAUUGCCAUCGGAGGAGGACGUCGGAAAGGACAGACUACCAUCUUACAAAUACCCGUCGGAUCACUUGUCGCUUGUCGCAGAUUUUGCAUUCAAGACUUGA